AAAAAAAUACAAAUUUGCAAAACAAUUACGUACUUACAAGUUGCUUCUUUCUAACCGCUACUUCCGCCCCCAAGCUCUAUUUUCUUUUCUUUUUAUUCAGGCACAACAGCGGACGACCGUGAACUUGACCCAGAGCUUCAAGACCAGUUCCAGGAGAAGAGAAUUGCCAUUCUGGAACUUGUAAGUUCUGUUAUGGAGUUUCUCAAUGACAAGCCCAACGAGGUAGACUGCAGGCCUCACCCCUUCAUGACUGCUCCUGGUUCAGCGACAUCCAUCACCACCAAGCCCGCGUUGAGUCUGGCUGUGGCCGGGCCCUCGAGUGACAGAGCUGCUGCGUCAAUGCGUAGACCCGUGGGAUCGCUAUGGGGCGAGAUGGAAUCUCAGAACCCUGCCUGCUUUGAUCCAGCGAAUGCCGCUGCACACCUACACCUGCUCGGAGAAGCCUUGGGCCUGAUUGGUCACCUUCUUAAGGGGACAAAGAAAUCAGUGUGUGUGUCCACAAGCUUGUUUCUACUCUUGGACUCUCUGCUGUGUGGGCUUGCUCCAUUGAUGUGCCUCACCUCACAUAUACCAGAGCUACAUCAGUGCACAGACAACGUGCUGGAUUCCACUCUGGAAAACAUUGCCUACAUCAUGCCAGGAUUUUGAACGAAUCCACCGGCAGAACUUUAUGUUUGUACGUAAUGAAUGACAAGUCAUGGUGACAAGGUUAUUAUAUUUAUUGGAAGAACAUGUGUUGAAUACCUUAAAUAAAUUCACCAUAUAACUGGCGCUUCAA